CAAGCAAGACAAGCUUUUACCUACGCAGUAGUACGGAGUAAUGGAGGCAUUCCAGCAUGCCAUCGUCCCGACGGCGCACGCCUUCGGGGGCGUCUCUGUCGGUGGCUUUGGCACCGAUGGCUCUACGGAAAGAGCCGUAUGGCAAUGUCGAACGGCGAGAGCGGCUGCAUUUGUAGCCACGGGAGACGUGCAUCUCGCCGUGUCUCUCUUGUCGCUUGUGAUUCUGCUUCUGUCCUUCUGUCUCCGGUACAUCGCUAAGGCGUUCAAGCUGAAGCAUGCAGCUUUGGCUGGAUCCGGGAAUGCCUCCACGCAAUGUAUCCCCAUCCCCUUUGCGCUGGCGCAUCUAGCGGCCUCUGUGACUGCCUGCAGCCUGGGAUGGCUUUUGGGGUCAUGGAAACGCUCUGUCGCGCUGAGCUAUAUCGUGUUGCUCGGAAUUGCGCGGUUUGGCUGCAAGAAUGAUGCCAGUCGACAGCGGAUGUAUCACCAUAUGAAUGCCAUGGCCACCGUGACUUUGAUCCUCGCAGCCGUCCAGGAUCUUAUGCCUAUGGCAAUCAUCGGAUCUAAGUAUCGUCCGUCUUCCCUCGAGGCCACAUUGUUGGGUUCUCUGGCCGUCACUGUUGCGAUUGCAGCUGCUACUCCCCGUCCCCGGCGCCCCAUCACGGCGGACGCAGAAGAAUAUGAAUCCCCGGUGGAGGAAACGAUCUCGCCCGAGGAGACAUGCUCUUUGUUCUCGUAUUACUGCUCCUACGAAUGGAUCACACAUGUCAUCCUGCAAGGCUGUCGUAGGGACUUGACCAUGGCCGAUUUGCCUCCCCUGCCCGAGUACGACAAGCCCUGGAAGUGGCUGCAGAAGAUCACAACGCAGCGUCUCAAGGGUGGGAAGACCUUUCGCAUUCUGUGCCGGCUGCUCAAGACAGAAAUCAAGACGAUGAUCUGCUGGUCUGCAGCCACUGCCGUGGUGGACUAUAUCGCCCCUUACGCUAUGCUUCGACUGCUCGCCUACCUGGAGAACUCGCAGGAUGCUGUUGUCCAUCCUCUGGUCUGGAUUGCUGCGCUGUUCGUCGGGCCUACGUUAAGGUCUCUGUCCUACCAGCAGUACAUCUUCACGGCCACUCGCCUUCUCGUUCGCCUCAAUAUCUCGCUGGUGCAGGAGAUAUACCACACUGCCCUGCGCUCGCAUAUCUACGAUAGCUCUGUAGACCAGUCCUCCAAGGACGCCGGGAAAUCCGGCCAUGCAAACCUGACGAGUUUGAUGUCUUACGACGUCGAUGCCAUCUAUAACUCUCGGGAUAUCUUCUUUGUCGGCACCGGAGUGCCCAUCAGCGUUGUCAUCGCCAUGGUCUUUCUCUACCGCAUGCUAGGCUGGCCCUCUCUGUUCGGCGUUCUGACGUUGAUCUGCUUGACUCCUCUACCAGCGAUGGCGUCCCGCAAGGUCUCUCGAAUUCAGCGGUCCGUCAUGCAAGCCACGGAUGCCCGUCUGUCGAAGAUCUCCGAGUAUCUCAACUCCAUUCGUUCUCUGAAGUACUUCAGCUGGGAGCAGGCGGCGCUGGACCAGAUCAGCGAGACCCGUGCCGUCGAGCAGCGACGUCUCUGGAGACGCAGCGUGUAUGCGGCCGGGAUCACCAUGGCUGGAGACCUGGUACCCUUCGCGGGCUUGCUAGUCAUGUUCUCUGUUCUUGUCCUUUUUACCGAUCGUCCCCUGAGAGCUCCUCUCGCCUUCACUUCCUUGUCCAUCAUGGAGACCUUGCGCUCUCAGUUCGUGUGGCUGUCGAAUGUCAGCCGUAAUUCAGCACAGGGUUCAGAGUCGCUCCGACGCGUGGACCGGUUCUUUGAGUCAGCGGAGGAAGUCAAGCGACAUCCUGCAGGUCCUCUUGAAUUCAAGAAUGCCACGUUCAGGCGCACCCCGAUCGCGGCAUUCCGGCUGCGCGACCUGUCCAUUCGCUUCCAACCGAACGCCCUCAAUGUAGUAACCGGCCCGACUGGAAGCGGAAAGACCUCUUUGCUUCUCUCCUUGCUAGGGGAGACAGUUCUGGAGAGCGGAACAGUGACUUGUCCCAGGGAUGUGGCCUAUGUGCCUCAGACAGCGUGGCUGCAGAACGACACUGUCCGGCAGAACAUCCUCUUCUACAGUUCUUACGACGAAACCCGGUACAAGACGGUCGUCGACGCGAGCGGCCUGUCUCAGGAUCUCGAGCAGCUCGCCGCUGGCGAUCUCACGGUCGUAGGGGAGAAGGGAACAGCGCUUUCUGGUGGUCAGAAGCAGCGAGUCUCGUUAGCGAGAGCUUUGUAUUCGCGAUCCUCGACGCUUCUGCUAGACGAUAUCUUCUCUGCUCUCGACACCCAUACGACUAGUCUCGUUUAUGAGCGAUGUUUCCGGAGCGGUUUGCUUGGUGAUAGGACUGUGGUUCUUGUUACACAUUUCCCGGCCGCGUUGCAGGACGCCACGAUGGUCGUCUCUUUGAAACAUGGCGCUGUCUCGUCUGUGAGGAUGCCGUUGGAUACGACCCUGGCUUCUGAGGGAGUUGUACGUCCAGACUCAUCACCGUCGGGCAGUGAGGACGAAGAAACCCCGGAAGAAAAUGCAUCACCGGAGGGUCCAGGUCCGCUGCCUGUUACGAAGUCUCAUGCUAGAGAGCCUGCUGGACGCAUUACCAAGGAGACUUCGGCGACUGGACGGAUUCCACGGACUCUAUUCUUCCAAUAUAUGGUCCUGUUCGGCGGAUAUUCCUACGCCCUGCUAGCAAUCUUGACAACACUUACAGUGCAGUUUGCCUACUUCUCCAUCACCUACUGGCUUUCGAUAUGGACAGGAGCGUACUCAGAAGGCAAGUCACCGAAUACAAUGUUCUAUCUGUCCGUCUACGCAACGACCAUUGCCGUGUUCCUCGUGCUGCAGCUGUCCAACAACCUGAUCUACCAAUACGGCGGCUGGGCGGCGGCAAAGAGAAUGCACGCCAACCUGCUCAGGGCCGUUCUCUUUGCUCCCAUCUCCUGGUUCGAUGCGAACCCCAUCGGACGUGCCAUAAAUCGGUUCGGCAAUGAUACGCGUUCCAUGGACACGGUGUUGAUCGAAUGGCUUCGCAUGUCGAUUGAAAAUGCGCUGCGUCUGCUGCUUCGCAUCGCGAGUAUCGCAUCUAUUAUGCCCAUCUUCGCCCUCCCCGCUGCGAUAAUAUGCAUGAUUGGCUUCGUGAUCGGUGAAAUGUACACGCGUGCCCAGAUCUCGAUCAAACGGCUGACCUCGGUGAACUAUUCUCCUGUCUUCUCUCACUUUACGGACACCCUGGCCGGGCUGACGGUCAUCCGCGCACGAGAUGGCAUGGAUGAGGUGUUCCAGAAUCUCCUCGCCGAGCGCUUAGCCGUGCAUUCGCAGUCUGCGGAGGCACAGUACAACUGCAAUCGUUGGGUGUCAGUGCGGACGGACUUCUGUGCGGCCUCUGUAGCUGCGGCAGCUGGGUUCGUGGCGUACUUCAAACAGACCGAUUCGGCUGGACUGGUCGGGUUCUCCCUGACCAACGCCAUUGGAAUGAGCCAGACCAUCCUCAUCCUGGUGAGGACGAUGAAUGAGCUCGAGAUCGAGCUGAACUCGUUCCAGCGCAUGCGUGAAUACGCAGAGAUAGAGCCCGAGGAGAAGACGAUGGUGGCCGAAGAGAAUACUGGGGAGGAAGCGGACCUUCAUCCUCAACAUCCUUUACAUCUCCCAGCUAGCUGGCCUACAUCGGGUCGCGUAGAAUUCCACCACGUCACAGCCCGGUAUCAAAUUGGCGAUGGUCCGGACGUCUUGCGCGAUGUGUCGUUCAGUACACAACCCGGCGAACGAAUCGCCCUCGUCGGUCGAACGGGCAGCGGCAAGAGUACGCUAGGUCUGAGCCUGCUGCGGUUCGUCCCUAUCGUUGCAGGCCAAAUUAUCAUCGACGGUGUUGACAUCAGUCGGAUCCCGCUCAAGCGACUCCGCACCAGCGUCACGCUGAUUCCACAAGAACCUGUCCUCUUCUCGGGCGAUGUCCAUUCGAACCUGGACCCGUUCGGUGAAUGCAGUGACUCCGAGCUUCGAUCUGCCUUGGCCGCCUGUGCGUCGAUUCAGGUGCACCACCAUAGUCAUACCGCAGACGAUCGCCAGGGUCAACAACGGAGAACCUCAGCCUCAACGGACACGACAAGCGCCAAUGGAACCAAUACCAAAACAAGCUCACUCGCCUUAACGACCCCCGUCGCUGUGAACGGGGAGAAUUUCAGCCAAGGCCAACGGCAGGUCCUCGGUCUGGCGCGGGCACUCUGUCGUCGGUCCAAGGUCGUGCUUCUAGACGAAGCGACGGCAUCCGUGGACCAAGAAACAGACGCACACAUGCAGCGACUUCUGCGGGAGAUGUUUCCCGAUUCUACGAUUAUCGCUAUUGCGCAUCGGCUGCGGACGAUUAUGGAUUAUGAUCGGGUUCUGGUUAUGGAUGGGGGGGUUGUGAUCGAGAACGAUUCGCCGCGGAUAUUGAUUGAGAAGAAGGGCGUUUUCUGGGGCAUGGUGAGGAAUACGGGGGAGUAUGAGGAGUUGGUGCAGUUGGUGAAGUGAUUAUUCUGUCUUGACUAGCUAUAGAAUACGGAUUGUUAAAAGCAUCUAUACAUGGGUUUUAUUUGAACCGUGCACAGCAUCCUGUAGAGUCUAAAAAUAGAUAUGAA